AGACCAUGCUGUAGGAUUAGUGUCGCAAUUUAAUAAAGGAGAAAAUGUCGGUUUCGCGAAAACUGUUGGCUUCCAAUAAGAGGGUCCUGGUGGUGGCACAGAGAUGCUAUGGUACAGAUCGCCCUUAUUCGACUGCUUUGGGUAUAAUGCCUGGAAUGUUCGACGAGGUUCCUGUGGUGGAGAGGGUCGAAAGGGUCGACAGUGUCCCUAAACCUUAUAGUGCCGUUCCGGGACCUAAAGAGCUGCCCUUUAUUGGAAACGCGUGGCGCUUCGCGCCCAUCAUAGGCCAGUAUAAAAUCCAGGAACUGGAUAAGGUCAUGUGGUCGCUGAACAAGGAGUACGGAAGGAUCGUCAAAGUGGGGGGUUUGAUAGGGCAUCCGGAUCUCCUGUUUGUGUUCAAUGGCGACGACAUCGAGAAGGUUUUCAGGAUGGAGGAAACCAUGCCCCAUCGACCCUCCAUGCCGUCCUUACACUACUAUAAACAAAUCCUGAAGAAGGACUUCUUCGACGGAAACGCAGGAGUUAUAGGGGUGCAUGGCCCGAAAUGGGACGAAUUCAGGAAGAAAGUCCAACACGCGCUGCUCCCGCCCCACAUAGCCAAAAACUAUGUCGAACCGCUCGAUGUCAUAGCCGGCGAUUUUUUACACCGAAUGGAAGAAAUGCUCGACGCGAACCACGAGCUUCCCGACCACUUCCUCAUGGAAAUCUACAAAUGGGCUCUGGAAUCCGUGGCUAGAGUCUCCCUCGACACCCGUCUCGGGUGCCUCGAGCCCAACCUACCCCCGCACUCGCAGUCCCAAAAAAUCAUCAACUCCAUCAACACCUUUUUCUGGAACGUGGCCGAAGUGGAGCUCAAAAUGCCCGUUUGGAGGGUGUACAAGAACAAAUCCUUCAGGAAAUACAUCGGCGCUUUGGAGGAUUUCAGAACGUUGUGCUUGCAACACAUCAACAAGUCAAUGGAGAAGAUGGAGGGCAAAAAUUUCGACGAGAUUAAGGAGAAGGACGUUUCGAUUGUGGAGAGGAUAUUGUUGAAGACCAACAAUCCCAAACUGGCGGCGGUUCUAGCUCUGGAUUUGUUGCUAGUGGGGGUGGACACGACCUCGAUAGCCGCCGCCUCCACGCUCUACCAGUUGUCGCAGAAUCCAGACAAGCAGCAGAAACUCUUCGAAGAACUGCGGCAGCUUUUGCCUGAAAACGACUCCAAAGUUAACGUGUCCAUCAUCGAUAAAACCCCCUAUCUGAAAGCUUGUGUUAGAGAGACCCUCCGGAUGUACCCCGUGAUCAUCGGAAACGGGCGAAGUCUUCAGCAGGACACAGUUCUCGCCGGGUAUCACGUACCAAAGGGGACUCACGUUAUUUUCCCACACUUGGUGGUGAGUAACAGCGAGGAAUAUUUUGACAAACCGGAGCGCUUUCUUCCGGAAAGGUGGCUCAAGACCCAUGGUUGUCCUGUCAAACACAAAACGCACCCAUUUGUGAGUUUGCCCUUUGGGUAUGGUCGGAGGUCUUGUCUUGGCAGGCGGUUUGCUGAAGCCGAGUUACAAAUUUUGCUGGCAAAGAUCUUUAGAAAAUAUAAAGUUGAGUAUAAUUAUGGACCCUUGUCUUAUAAAAUAACGCCUACGUAUGUACCUGAGCAACCUCUGAAGUUUAGACUGACGGAACGAACUUAAGGCCAAAUUCAGAUUUUUGUAGUUUUAAGGAUAGGUAAAUAAUAGGUUGUGAUUAUUCUUUUUUGC